GUUGUAGUAAAGUCAUUGGUACUAUAAAGUUUAUAGAGCCGCUUUUCGUGUUUUUUUUUAAUAUUGAAGAAAUGUUAUAGAGUAAAUUAUUUUUAUUUACGUAUAAGUGGACAAUUUUUUUGUUAAGCCAGUUAUUUGUAAUUGUGUGUAUUUUGUUUUUUACUACUAAAAACAAAGUUGUCUAUUAUGGAAGUGAUACGUGUUUGUUAGUAAACAUGAGUGCAUUUAGAAAUUUCUCUUUGAAAUGGGAGGAUAUGUGUGGCCCUUUGGGCCUUCAUAUAUGGAACGAUACUACAAAGGACUUUGGGAUAUGUUUUCAAGAAUUAUUUUUACAAAUACCCACUUAUUGUCUACUAGCCAUCAUAUCGGGUUAUUACGUAGGCUACAGAAGGGACUGGGUGAUACGAGAAAAACCACAAGAACGUGCUAUAAUGUUACGUAGUUUUGUAGUACUUGCCUUAAUGUUGACUCCAAUAGUGCAACUGUAUAUAUAUUUGACUACAAAAAACUUUAUUUUGUACCCCAUUGAUUAUUUUACGGCGGGUGCAUCCUGCUUAUCAUGGCUUGUGCAUUUUGGUUUUGUGCUAGCUCUAAAGCACCGUCUGGGCCAAAGUUCUCGCGGACCUUUGAGUAUUCUAUUGCUAUGGAGUGCAGCGGUAAUACUUAAUAUAAUAGAUUUACGAAGUACUUUUAUUAAUGGAGAGCCCCUUGCAUACAGUAUUGCAACCCUGUGCUGUCAUGCACUGUACUUUUUAACUUUGUUACCUGCAAGUGACUCAAGUCCUACAUUCUAUUCACCAUGGCUUGUAGGAUCACAACAUUCUCAUAGUGAAUAUACUCCAUUACUUCCACAUAUUGAUGAAGGCAUCUUAGGAACGGCAAUGCAAGGGGCAAAUUGUUUUUCUAAACUUACAUUUUCUUGGGUUGAUCCUCUACUAAAAAAAGGUACAGAGAAUAAAUUAUAUGACCUUGAUGAACUACAUGAUAUUCCUGCUACAUACAGGUGUUCUUAUGUUGGGGCUAGAAUAGAUAGAGCUCUAAUUGGAAAUGUAGACAAUUUUCAGCAAUUUGCAGAAGUACCUCAUGAACCUUUCAUAGGACCUGGGGGUUAUGGUGCAACUGGUGAAACCAGGCCUCAAGUGUCAACACCUGUGACCCCUGUAUCUAGAGUACUACUUCGGCCACUACGGCGACAAAAUGUUUCCUUACUGAGAGCCCUUCAUAAAUGUUUUGCAUUUCAAUUCUAUGGGAUUGGUAUACUGAAACUAGCGUUUGAUAUGGCUGGAUUCGCUGGACCUAUUCUUCUUAAUAAAUUGGUGAAAUUUGUUGAAGAUGAAAGUAUUGAUCAACAUUAUGGAUACAUUUAUGCUUCAUUAUUGUUGGCGUCGGCUUUAAUUGCGGCAUUUUGCAAUGUACAUUUUAAUUGGCUGAUGACAAUCAUUGGGAUAAAAAUGAGAGGUGCCAUAGUUUCCACAAUACUAAGAAAAACUCUAAGUGUGACAUCUACAGAGCUCACAAAUGCAUUUAGUUUUGGGGAAAUAACUAAUUUCAUGUCCACAGACACAGAUAGGAUUGUUAAUUCUUGUCCAAGUUUCCAUGCUUUGUGGAGUAUACCAUUACAGUUAGCUAUAACUCUGUUUCUUCUAUAUGAUCAAGUUGGUGUAUCCUUCUUGGCUGGUGUUGCAUUCUCUAUAAUUCUCAUACCUAUAAAUAAGGUGAUUGCGAACAAAAUCGGUAAAUUAAGCACAGAAAUGAUGAAACACAAAGAUACGCGUGUGAAUCUGAUUUGUGAUAUGAUAAGAGGAAUUAGAGCCGUAAAAGCCCAUGUUUGGGAGGACUAUUUUAUAGAUAGAGUAACAGACGCUCGUACUGAAGAACUUCGAUAUCUACGCGGUCGAAAGUACUUAGACGCUAUAUGCGUUGUACUGUGGGCAACCACCCCGGUAUUAGUUGCAGCAUUGACGCUGGGCACGCACGCACUUCGAGGUCAACCCCUUGAUGCGCCUACUGUAUUUACAACUGUCGCCUUAAUCAAUAUGUUAAUUGCGCCUCUUAAUGCUUUUCCUUGGGUUUUAAAUGGACUUACUGAAGCAUGGGUAUCCAUUAAACGCAUUCAAAAACUUCUUGAUUUGAAUGACAUGGAUCCUGAGCUAUAUUAUGGUAGACUCAAUAAAAAUUGCGACGAAGAUAAAGUAAUAAUAUUCAAAAACGCUACCUUUAAGUGGACUAAAGCAUCAAAGCGAAGAAAGUUGCAAACAAAACCGAAAAAAAAUAAGGGGAAAUCGAAAAAGAAGUUGUCCAAACGUAUUGCGCAAAGGAGAGAUUCGGUUUCAUCGACCGAUCUUAUUACAGAGGAGCUGUUUAUGUUAAAGGAUAUUUCAUUAGAAAUAGGUCAAGAGGAAUUUGUGGGAAUAGCCGGACCAGUUGCCAGUGGAAAGACAUCACUGUUACUUGCUAUAAUGGGUGAUAUGGUCAAAUGUAAUGGCGAGAUACAAGUUCCCGAUAACUUGAACAGUUUCGGUUACGCGUCCCAACAACCGUGGAUGGUCCGCGGCACGAUCCGCGACAACAUCCUGUUCGGGAAGCCGUACGACGAGACCAAGUUCCGCGCGGUCGUGGACGCGUGCGCGCUCACAGAGGAUCUAAAUCAGCUGGGAUGGAACGCGUACGUAGGAGAAGGGGGUUGCACGUUGAGCGGCGGGCAGCGGGCUCGCAUCGCUCUAGCACGCGCUGUCUAUCAGGACAAACGAGUGUAUCUCCUGGACGACGUUCUAUCGGGACUAGAUUCCACAGUUGCUCAGCACAUAAUGCAGAAAUGCAUUCUGGGCUUAUUACGUCACACCGCGCGUGUCCUCGUGACCCACUCGCCGCGGCACCUUGCGCGCACGCAACGGGUUGUUCUGCUCGAGGACGGACGCGUGCGUGCUACCGGUUCCCCGGAAACAGUAUUAAAUGAAAUAGAAGAAUUCUUACCGAGUGAGACAGAAUCUAUAGGGGAGGAAUCGCCCCCGCCAGCUGAGAUCCUACCUAAAGAGAUAGAAGAUGACAAUGUUAGCAGAAACAGCUUAGAAAAUGAUGAGACAAUGUCAAUAGGAACAGUAGGAUGGUGGGUGAUCGGAAUGUACUUACGAUCGGUUGGAUCGUUCCUCGUGCUCUGCAUCAUCAUAUCCCUCAUAUUGAUGCAACUGUCCCAAAACUUCACAUUCCUCUGGCUGACAUUCUGGAUCAAGGACAGAACGAAAAAUUCGACUACAUUAGAGAUUGACAACUUUCACGAAAACACUACAGCGUUGGAUCAUGGUUUUAAUGCUGUAGACCAGUUUGUUCACACAUUGCUCAACGUGUCAUUAUCAAUAAUACACAAUUUAGAUGGUCACGAUAAUAUAACUAAUACUGUGAAGCAAAUACCACUAGAACAGCAACCCUUAACUCUACCUUUGAUGUCGUACACCGAUAACUAUUAUUUGAUGAUGUACUUCGCAUUGGCGGGAAUUAACUUGGUGUUCACAGUGAUGAGGGCGUUCCUCUUUGCGUACGGAGGUGUGAAGGCGGCAUCGAAAAUACAUAAAGCCCUUUUGGCAAUCAUAGUCAAGGCAAAUGUAAAAUUCUUCGAUGUCACGCCAACAGGACGCAUAAUAAAUAGAUUUUCAUCAGACACAUACACAGUAGAUGAUUCCUUGCCAUUUAUAUUGAACAUUUUCUUAGCACAAGUAUUUGCACUUAUAGGUGCAAUAGCAGUUACAAUUUACGGGCUCCCGUGGUUGUUUGUUGGGAUUAUACCUAUGUCCAUUAUUUAUUACAGAUUACAGGGACGUUAUAGAAUUACAUCUCGCCAGUUAAAACGUCUUCAAAGCGUCGCCUUGUCUCCGGUGUAUGUACACUUUAACGAUACUUUAGAAGGUCAGACGUGCGUGCGCGGGCUGGGCGCGGUGGGGGCGUGGUGCGCGCGCGGCGAGGAGCUGGUGGAGCGCUGGCAGCGCGCGGCGCUGUGCGGCGGCGCGGCGGCGCAGUGGCUCGCGCUGCGCCUGCAGGCCGCCGCCGCCGCCGCGCUCGCCGCCGCCGCGCUGCUCGCCGUGCUGCAGCGCGCCACGCAUGCCGCCAAUCCAGGUUUGGUUGGUCUCGCUAUAUCAUACGCCUUAUCCAUGACGUCGAUGCUCGGUGCUGUGUUAAAUUCGUUCACGGAAACAGAACGAGAAAUGAUCGCUGUUGAGCGUCUCGCAGAAUACAUUCGACAAGUAAAAUGCGAAAAAAUAGAUGGGGACCCACCACCGUAUGGCUGGCCAUCACAUGGAGUUAUAAGCUUUGAAGAUGUCUAUUUGAACUACAGUGAGAACGGCAGUAACGCGAGCGGGGCGCUUCGCGGCGUUACGUUCUCGAGCCACCCGGGCGAGCGGCUCGGCGUGGUGGGCCGCACGGGCGCGGGCAAGAGCUCGCUGCUGCGCGCGCUGCUGCGCCUCGCGCCCUGCUCCGGCGGCCGCGUGCUGGUCGACGACGUGGAUGUGGCGUCGCUGCACCUGCACUCGCUGAGGUCGCGCAUUGGUAUAAUACCACAAGAGCCGUUCAUAUUCUCGGGUACCAUUCGCGAGAACAUCGAUCCCCUGCAACAGUACUUGGAUGAGGAAGUAUGGCGCGCGCUAGACGCGUGCAGUGCUACGGAACUAGUAAUGGCCAAGGGCGGACUUGGUUCUUACGCAGAUAACCUGUCUAGAGGACAUAAACAACUCCUGUGCUUAGUGAGAGCGUUGCUACAGCGUGCGAAGAUACUCCUCGUAGACGAAGCUACCGCGAACCUCGAUCAAGAAACAGAAAGAGUGAUUCUAGAUACAAUCCGUUGUUCGUUCGUCGGCAGCACAGUACUCUUUGUAGCCCAUAGACUUCCCGGUGUUUUAGAAAGUUCUCGAGUUCUAGUUCUCUCUGCGGGACAAGUCGUUGAACUGCGGGAUCCAGAUGACGCGCUAUCGGAUCCUACGUCGUAUCUCUAUAAGCUAGUACACCCGGAUGAACAUAAUAUGUAAUUUUAUUUGUAGGUGAUUUUAUUUCCUAUCAAUUACCACGCGAGUCAUUAUUUUGUUUGAUUCAGAAAAAGAAGUAGUGAACAAUCUAUCCGAGAACAGAAAUUUAAAAUUAUUUUUUGAAUUUAGGCUAAAAAGGUAAAAGACACUGUAUGUAUUUACCUAUUACACAAACAUUAAGAAUAACUUUUACUUUAAUAAGCAAAGAUUUUGUAUCAUAAAAAUGUAUAAGUACUAAUUUGUUAGAAUUUAUCGUCAAUAAACUAACUCUUUACAAUAAUUUCUGCGUAAAAUGUAAUUGUGUAAACGUAAUAAAAAUCGACAGUGUAACGUUUCCAAUUCUGCGAUCGAUUUAUGACAUUCUCAGUGAUAGUAGCUUAUUAAAUAAAUAUUAAGUGUUGAUUUAUAGAAAGCUUAUAAUGUAAAUAAAGUAUUUGAAGUCACUACUUACCAGUAUUUAAAGUCACGGAACUGAAUAAACUAUAUGAAGAAAUACGCAAUCCAUUUUGGUCACGUAUUUGGAGUGAUUUAUUAUGUAGGUAUUAAAAGGA